AUGGGUGAACUACAAAUCCAAGACCACGAUGCGGUCGUACCGAUCGCGAUUGUCGGAAUGGCCUGUCGCUUCCCCGGUGACGGUGAGAACGUCGAGUCGCUGCUUGCAAUGCUUCAGAAAGGUGGGGACGCUUGGUCAGAAUUUCCAAAAGAUCGACUCAACAUCGACGGGUUCUAUCACCCUAGUGGCCAACGUCAAGGCUCAAUUGGCUUCAGGGGAGCGCAUUUCCUCAAAGACGACAUCAAAGCCUUUGACGCUAAAUCUGAGGCACAUGCGAUUGACCCACAGCAGCGUAUCUUGCUUGAGGUGACGUAUCAGGCACUCGAGAAUGCCGGCUACUCUAAGGAGUCGCUUGACCUUAGUGAGACUUCUGUCAACGUCGGAACAUUUGUCAAGGACUACGAGCAAGUUGUCCUUCGAGACCCAGACUGGGCGCCUCAAUAUGCAGCAACCGGGACCGGUGCGGCGAUCCUUGCCAAUCGCAUCUCGUACCAGUUCAAUCUUCGAGGACCCAGCCAGACUGUAGAUACAGGAUGCAGUGCGAGUCUUGUCGGUGUGCACAACUGUAGUCAAGACCUCCGGACUGGACGAGCCGAUCUGGCCAUUGCUGCGGGUGUUGGCAUGAUCCUGACCCCCGCUACCAUGAUGCCCAUGACAGCGCUCAAUUUUCUUGGAAAAGACGGGAAGUGCUAUACAUUCACGAGCAAGGCAGAGGGUUACGGUCGUGGUGAAGGCGUCGGCGUGGUCAUAUUGAAGCGACUCCAGGACGCAAUACGGGACAAUGAUACCAUACGCGCGGUCAUUCGCGGGUCGCGCGUCAACCAAGACGGCAGGACUACAGGCAUCACCAUGCCCAGCUCCGACGCACAGCUCUCCAAUAUCGAGGCGGUUUACAAGGAGGCGGGUUUGGAUGUAGAUCAGACUGCCUACGUCGAGUGCCACGGCACUGGAACUCCGGCGGGCGACCCGAAGGAGUGUUUUGCCGUAUCUCGAGCAUUCUGUGAAAAUCGCGACGUCGACAAGCCCAUCCUCGUUGGCUCGAUCAAGCCCAACGUUGGCCACCUCGAGGGCGCGGCAGGUGUCGCUGGUCUGAUCAAGGCAGUCCUUGCUGUUGAGCGCGGUCAAAUACCAAAGAAUUUGUUCUUCGAACCCUCCAUUGAAAGUCCAAAGAUCAAAUUUAAGGAGUGGAAGGUCAAGGUCCCCACCUCUCUCACCAACUGGCCAACGGACGGGCUUCGACGAGCAAGUGUCAACUGCUUCGGUUUCGGAGGCACAAAUGCCCACGUAAUACUCGACGAUGCUGGCUCGUAUCUCGCACAACGGUCUUUGUCCGGUAACCAUCGUUCUCUGCCUACCACAGCCUCGACUGGUCUCGCCAAGGAGCAGAAGACCUUUGCAGCCGCUCAAUUGAUUCUUGUCUCGUCCCAUGAGAAGGAUGGCAUCGCUAGGAUCACUUCAGGCCACGCGCCUUUCAUCGCGAAGCAUGUCUCAGAUGCUUCCCUCAUGGCAAACUACGCCUACACGAUGUCUCGCCGUUCUUCCCUCGAGUUCAAGGCCUGCAUAGUUGCUCAAUCGGCGUCUGACCUCGAGCAACAGCUCGCCGCACCUGAGCGCCUCAACAUCCAUCGGUUUCUCCCUUCCGAUGAUGCGGACCCAACUCUGGCGAUGAUCUUUUGUGGCCAAGGCGCCCAGUGGCAUGCUAUGGGCCGCGAGCUGAUCGACUUUCAGCCCUUCUGCAGCAGCCUUGUCGGGGCCUCCAAGUAUCUAUCCAAGAUUUUAGCCAGUGACUUCGAUCUUCUACAGGAGCUGAGAAAUCAUGACGCUUCUCUGAGUCGCAUCAACGAGCCCAAGUUUGCGCAGCCAGCGACCACCGCGAUUCAGGUCGCACUCGUUGACUUGCUCAAGGCAUCUGGUAUCUUGCCCUCGGCAGUAGUCGGCCACUCGUCUGGGGAGAUCGCUGCCGCAUAUGCUUCUGGCUUCUUGACCAGAGAGGACGCUUGGCUCAUCGCCUUUCGUCGCGGAGAGCACACACACUCCCUCCAGUACUUACAUCCGGAUGUCAAGGGGCGCAUGAUGGCCGCUGGUCUGUCCGUCACGCACGUGCAGGAAUACAUUCGACGAGUCCCCCCUGGGACCGUUGUUGUUGCUUGUGAGAACAGCACGGCUUCCGUCACUCUGUCUGGGAAUGAAAAGGAGAUUUUGCACCUUGCGCAAGAGAUGGACGUGGACGGCGUCUUUCAUCGAUUGCUCAACGUCACGACAGCCUAUCACUCACACCACAUGCGCUUGAUCGGCCAAGCAUACCAGCAAUCUCUACAUGAAGUGAGACCAAUCAACUUCGGGCAAGGUCCUCGAAUGUUCUCUUCCGUCACCGGUGAAGAGGUCUUUGCGGGACAAGUAGGCGCCGAGUACUGGACCAAGAACCUCACAUGCCCUGUGCUCUUCAGCCAGGCUUUCUCUAGUAUGUAUAGAGCUAUAAAGCCCAAGCUCGUUCUCGAGGUUAGUCCAGCUGUCACAUUGAAGCGGCCUGUCCAGGAGAUCGUCAAUGCCCUCACCGUGGAGAAGGAAAUGAAGGAGCUCCCGUGCAUUCCACUUCUCAAGCGAAACGAGCACGCUUCUGUCACCGCUCUUGCAGCUCUGGGCGAACUCUGGGCACGCGGUCAUCACGCGGACUUUUCGUGGGUUUGGAGAAGCAAAGAGGGUCUUUUACCACAGCUUCUUGUGGAUCUGCCUCCAUAUCCCUUCAAUCGUUCCAAGAGCUAUUGGUUUGAAUCACAUUUGGGCAUUGCCCUCCGCCAGAGGAAGCACGGCCGUGAAGACCUGAUCGGUGCUCCUUUGGCUGACUCCACCCCUCAGCACCCUCGCUGGCGCGGUUUCCUGAGACUCGACGAGAAUCCGUGGCUGAACGAUCACAAAGUCCAAAAGGUCGUCAUCUACCCUGCUGCCGGCCUAGUCACGAUGGCUCUAGAGGCUGCGAGGCAAUGCAGUGACCCUUCGUUGCGAGUAGAUACAUACCAAAUCUCCAACUUCACCAUUGCCAAGCCAGUCAUCAUCCCAGGAAACCAGCAUGGCUUGGAGCACAUAAUCGACACGCAGGCAUUGAAGAUUCCAUUACCGGAUGCCACCAACGGCAUGGCGGUCUAUACAUUCUCAAUUCAGACGAGGACGGAACAUGGGCCUUGGCAGGAGAACGCAAGCGGUCUGUUCAAUAUCUUCUACGGCGGAAAGUUGACCGACGAGCCUCGGAGUGAUGCCAUUUGGUGCCAGGGUUACCGAGACACCUAUUGGAGGCUGCGCUCUGAGUGCACUCAGAAAAUCAGCGCUCGUUCUUUGUAUGAGAGGCUGGAUGGAAUUGGCAUGAAUUAUGGGCCACUGUUCCAAAACGUUGUCGCCCUAGCCAGGGGCCAGCACUCCUGCACCAGCAUUGUGCGCAUUCCCGACACCAAAUCCAAAAUGCCAGCACAAUUUGAGUACGAUCACCUCAUCCAUCCCGCCACUCUCGACGCUAUGUUUCAAACAGUAUUUGCUGUCGGCGAUGAGACGAUGGUUCCGUCCUGCAUCCGCCAGAUCUGCUUCUCGCCCGCCAUGUUGAAGGGAGCUGGCGCCGAGUUCCAUGGGUACGCCAUCGCUCAGCGCAAGGGUUUUCGCGAAGCCUCAGCGGACAUUGUAAUGUCUGACGAGACUUUCAGCAAACGUUUAAUUGUUGUGAAGGGCAUGGAGUCUAUAAAAUUGGCUUCUUCAGGCGCGUCCGGGUUCUUGCCCAGUAACCGACACCUUUGCAGCGAGCUUAUUUGGCGAGAGCUGUAUCCCGUCUGGUCUCAUAUGCAUGGAUCAGUAUCUAUCAACGAUGGAAUAUCGAUAAUCGUCCUACUCCCAGAUGGAGAUAUCUCUGAGGUCACCAACCUCCUUGCCCAGCGCCUUGCCCUUCCCAAUGUUGAGCUCGUUCACCUGUCUCAACUGACUCCACAGCAAGCGAGCAAGCUCUGCAUCUCCCUUGUCGAGGUUGAUCAAGCCAUCAUGUUCAACAUGUCUCGUCCAAUUUUCGAACAGAUCAAGCUCCUCCUGAAGGCCACGCCUGGUCUCCUUUGGGUUACAAGGGGUGCUCAGAAGACUGCAGAGAUGCCAUGGAUGGCCCCUUUCCACGGCCUGGCCAGGACCGUCCGUUCUGAGGAUUCUUCCAAGCGCAUUAUUACUCUUGAUCUUGAUGGGACUCGGAACGAGGAACAUGCAAAUAUAGCCAUUUCUGCUAUGCAAAUUAUUUUCAACAAGGCCUUUGUCGAGACCAAUAUGACCGAAAUUCCUGAAGUUGAAUACUCUCUUCGAGAUAGCAAGCUUUUCACUGCUCGCCUUCAUCCCUUAGAAAUGAUCAACGAGGUCAUUGAGAAGGGCUACGAUCAGGCGAUACGCACUGAGACUCUGCCUCUUGGUACACUCCGUCAGCCUGUUAAACUCAAGAUCUCGCACAUCACGGAUACAACGAGCACGUACUUCGAAACAAACGAUGCUGACACGCAGCCUCUUGGACCAUACGAUGUUCGCAUUGCCGUUCACAGCACAAAUCUCUUCCAGUUUGAUCUUGACACUAUCUUAGGUCGAAGCAGUGAGUGCAGCCUGGGCGCCGAUGUCAUUGGUACGGUGGAACAGGUGGGAUCAAGCGUUACCAGAAUCACUGUUGGUGUUCUAGUGGUCGCCCUGGCCAGCGGCACAGUACGGUCGUCGGUGACAGUUGACCAGAUCUUUGUUCACCAGCUGCACGCCCCCUGCAAAAUACGAGGCUUGAGUCCAGCCGCAUUGACCUGCGCUUAUCAUCGCUUCAACAAUAUCGCAGGCCUUUCUUGCGGGGAUACCGUCUUUAUACACUGUGCGGCCGGCCCUUUCGGCGAUGCAGCAAUUCGAGUGGCUCAAUAUCUCGGCGCAACUGUUUUUGCAGGUGUCAGCAACGCAGAACAACGCUCCGACCUGAAUAUGCACUACGGCCUGCCGCAGGAGCACAUCAUUGAUGUGAACAACGAGGCUUUUUCUGAGCAGCUCAUGCACCUGACAGCCGGCGACGGUGUCGACUGUGUGUUCUCACCCACGGUGGAUCAUUUAGACCAGAGCGCUCAGUCCGUUGGAGACAACGGCCACAUUUUCCUUGUCAGCAACACUGCUUCGUCAAAGGCAGCUAUUGCUCCCCGGUAUGCCAACGUCUCUAUCCAUAAGUUCGACCUCUUUGAAGUUGCGAAGAAACGAACCAAGGUAAUCGCACAGGCUUGGGAGGAUGUGCUCAAGCUCGUUUUGGAGGACCGCCUUGGCAGCCCAUCUCCCAACCUCGUCCACGAGGAGCGAGUUGAGAAUCUUGAUCGGCUCUGGGACUCCAUGGCCGCGAAUCCGGGCCGCCACCUGAACACCCUUCGCUUCACUGCCAAAUCCCACAUACGGGUUGGCACCAACCCUUUAACUCCUAUGGUGCUACAUCCCAAUGCUACCUACGCCCUUGUUGGCGGACUGGGUGGCCUGGGCAAAGCCCUGGCUGGCCUGAUGGUUGACCGCGGAGCGCGAAACUUGCUAUUUCUUUCUCGUUCAGGCGCGAACACGCCAGAAGACUAUCAAUUUCUGCAUUCAAUAUCGCAACGCGGCGUCAAAGCCUUAGCUCUUGCUGUUGACAUUUGCAACGAAAGAAGCCUUCGUCAAGCGUUUGCUAACAUCUGCAUGCCGCCUGUCAAAGGAGCUGUCCAAUGCGCAGCAGUCGUGGCUGAUGCGGUGUGGGAGAGCAUGUCAUAUGAGGACUGGACGGCCGCUACGAAUCCUAAGAUCACUGGCUCUUGGAACCUUCACAACGUCCUGCCUCAUGAUAUGGACUUCUUCGUCUUAUUGUCAUCUGCCUCCGGCGUGAUUGGUAAUCGCGGCCAGGCGAAUUAUGCCGCUGGUAACUGUUUCCAAGAUGCGUUGGCCCACCACCGCGCGUCCCUUGGCCUGAAAAAUUCCGUUUCCCUCGACCUUGGCCCUGUCAUGGGUGCCGGGAUGUUGGAGGAGGACGAGAAGACCCUGGCCACUCUCAAGGCUGGUGGCUUCUUCACGGUCUCGCUGGAAAACUUUCUCUUUCUCGUAGAGCGCGCCAUGGUCGGCGGCGGCAGCAACGCCCUCCAACUUCCAGCUCAGGUGAUUACCGGCGUUGGCACGGGCGGCUUGAUCUUGCAGAACGAAGUCACCGACCCUUACUGGACCGAGACCAAGAUGUUUGAUAUUCUCAAUCAGCUCGAUCUCCCAGAGGAACAAUCCGACACUUCUGGCGAUACACCGUGGAGCUCCUCAACCUCCACGAGCAUCUCCUCGCAGAGCAGCGGCAGGGCCAUGGUCGCGGCGCUCAAGUCGGCUGACUCUGCUGACGAGGCUGCUCAUGUCGCCCUCACGGCCUGUGUGGAGUAUCUGUCUGUCUCCCUGAGCAUGUCUCCGGACGACAUGGAUGUGGACAAGUCUCUCACGGCCUAUGGCGUCGACUCCCUCGUCACGUCCUCCUUCCGCAGCUGGAUAUUCAAGAACACCAGCGUGAAGGUCAGCGAUAUGGAGGUCAUCGGCGCGGCGUCCAUCAUGGAGUUGGCGCGCUCCAUUGUCGAGAAGGGGGGUUUUGGCAUAUAG